AUGAAGAUUAUUACUGCACCAGAUGUUUUUGAUCAAGCAACACUAACUGAAAAUUAUAGUACAAAACUUGGCAAGUUUAUUGGUGAUAAUGUUAUAAAUAUUGUUGAUGCAUCCGAUCCAUAUAAUAUUGAACCAAAUGGAAGUGAAGCUCGACAUUUGGGUAACAAGAAGAAGAAAAAAAAAUUCAAGAAAAAAGUAAUGAAAUUUAUAAUUCCAAUGUUAAUUAUAUGGGUAGUUAUAAAAUCACUAGUUUUACCGGUUGUAUUGAAAGCACUUGCAGUUUUAAGUGGAAAAGCAUUUUUAUUGAGUCUGAUGAGUCUCGUUCUGGCGGCAAUAAUGGGAUUACGAAGAUUGGUCAGUGCGAUUGGUGGAAUACCUGGUCUUCCUUUCAGUAAUCUUGGUCCAACGGCUUACAGUAAAUACAGACGUAAAGAAGAUGAAAUAAUUGAUGAAGGUCCAUCAUAUGAAGGCUCUGAACCAUACAAAUACUAUCGUGAUUGUGAUCCUAACAAAGAUAAAAAGUAAAAAAAAAGAUUUUUCGUUAAUUUAUUUCUUUUCAUUUGAGAUUAAACUUGAAUAAAUUAGUCAUCAUUACCUUUAAAUUUCAC